AUGGGAAGUAAAUCAACUGCUCAAUCUGCUGCUAUCAACCUACUAAACACAAUCAUCGGAGCUGGUAUGCUUGCCAUGCCCUAUGCUAUUCGUGCUGAUGGUAUAAUAUUGGGGAUAUUAGUAAUUAUAACAUCUGCAAUAACUUCAUCUUUUGGACUUUAUUUACAAGGUCAAUGUUCAAAAUAUGUCAAGACAGGUGAAGCUUCAUUUUUUGCAUUGGCUCAAUUAACUUAUCCUCAAUUAAGUGUUGUUUUUGAUUUAGCUAUUGCUAUUAAAUGUUUUGGUGUUGGUAUUUCUUAUUUAGUUGUUGUUGGUGAUUUAGUCCCCAAAAUUGUUCAAUCUUUAGCAAAUGAAGAAUUUAUUAAUCAACAUCUUAUAUUAACUGAUAGAAAUUUUUGGAUUACAAUAAUUAUGAUUUUCAUUGUUGUUCCAUUAUCUUUUUUAAAAAAAUUAGAUUCUUUAAAAUAUGCUUCUAUGAUUGCAUUAUCAUCAGUUGUUUAUUUAGUUAUCUUAGUGUUUGUUCAUUUUGCUAAAAAUGAUAUUGUUGAUAAAGGUCCAGUUCGUUUUAUAAAACCUUAUAACGUUUCAUCAAUUUUUGCAAGUUUCCCAAUUUUUGUAUUUGCUUAUACAUGUCAUCAAAAUAUGUUUUCAUUAGUUAAUGAAUUAGAUGAUAAAUCAAAUAAAAAUAUAAAUAAAGUUAUCGGUUCAGCUAUAGGUAUUGCAAUGACAUUAUAUAUUCUUGUUGGUGUUACAGGUUAUUUAUCAUUUGGUGAUAAUGUUGAACCAAAUGUUAUUGUUGGUUAUUCACAUGCUAUUUCAUCAACAAUUGGUAGAAUUGCUAUAGUUAUUCUUGUAAUGUUAUCAUUCCCAUUACAAUGUCAUCCGGCAAGAGCUUCAAUAAAUCAUAUCUUGUUUUAUUUUAAACAAGUUGAAAAAAAAGUUCGUACAGCUGCUUCAAAUGCUUCAAUGAGAACUAAUAUAACAAAUCGAACUCAAGGUCAAAAUAAUACCACAGCAACACAAAGUGAUGAAAGUGAUCAAUUGAUUGAUUAUGAUUAUCAAGAUGGUUUAUUAGAAGAAGGUUCACAUGCAGCAGUUUCUCCAUUAAAAGGUACAAGAUUUAUAAUUAUAACUUCAAUCAUUUUAAUCUUAAGUUAUUUAAUAGCAAUAAGUGUUACAUCAUUAGCUCAUGUCUUAGCAUUUGUUGGUUCAACAGGUUCAACUUCAAUUUCAUUUAUAUUACCAGGAAUUUUUGGAUUUAAAUUAAUUGGAUCUGAAUAUAUUGAUCCAGAAACUGGUACAUUUGAAGAAAUUCCAAGAAAAACAAAAAUUAUAAAAUAUUUAGGAUGUGCUUUAUCUAUUUGGGGACUAUUAGUUAUGGUUAUUUGUUUAUCAGCUACGAUUUUUCUUGGAGCAUCUCAUUAA